UCCUCUAAAUUUAACGAGAGUUAUGGGCCGUGUUCCAUAAAGAUGAAUUUGGGCUUGGAGUAGUGUUAGGGUUAUAGGUUUUUGAAGCCUACAGUAUACCAUCGCAAGCUCUGCACUCGGAUCGCUAUUUCUGUUUGGCUUGUAUUUGGUAAUUAGAUUCAAAAAGAGAAAAAGUCUGGCUUACAUGUUACUAUGAUCUAUAUUAGGUGAAUGUUUGUUGAAAAAUUUGGGCUUUAGUAGUGUUAGGGAUUUAGUUUUUUGAAACCUGCAAUAUAACAUCGUAAGCUUCUCACCAUCUCUACUCCAUCCGCAUCGUCUCUUCACCCUCUCUGACGAAUGGCUGGAAAGUCUGUAGUAAAAGCAGUUGGGCAAUAUCAAUAUCCAUGGCAAGAAAAGUUGGCAAAAUACAAGGAUGAGCUUUCAAAGGGAGUUUGGGGUUACUGGGAGCUUGGAGCCUGGAAACCUCUGGGGAUGAGUGCUCGCCAUCGAGCUCGUCUGCGCAAGGAAGUUAUUGUUGCUGGACAAGAUUGGCCAUACGAUCCAGCGAGAAAGGAAAUGAGAACGAAGCAGAAAGGGCACAAGUGUGACAGAAUAUCAGCAGAAAAACGGGCAAAGACAGCCGAACUGAUGCAAAAAAUGCCUGAAAUGUUGGCUGAUUACAGGAAGAGAAAGUGGGAAAGGAAAAUGAAAGCAGAAGAAGAUGCUGCCAGAAAAUCAUUGCAAGAAUAGAUUUCCUGCUCACUUGCCUUGUUUUUUUUUCUUCCUUCUGUAUUUUCGAGCCCUAGCAAUGGGUGCGAAUAGCGGUAUUUACAGUAAAUUAAAUUAUAAACAUUUGUUGUACGCUAAACAAAACUUAUCAGGUUCUCGUUAAUUCAGUGUUGUAGUCCAGAUAUUAAACAUAAUUAGUUUAGGGCUUAAUUAUGUUUAAUGUUUCCUGAAUUAUAGAGUAGUGGGAAGACGUACAUUUUUCAUCUC